AUGAUAUGGGAAUCUGUUGAUGAGAUCACGCAACCAGAUGGUUCUAUUAAGAUUAGAUGCAAGUUUUGUAAGACUCUUUAUAGCAAGCAUUCUGGUUCUUCUACAACUCACUAUCAGAGGCAUCUACAUAAAUGUGUGAAGAAACCAAGAACAUCGAAGGGUGGAGUCCAGCAACUACUUUCAUUUAAUAUUUCUGAAGAUGACGACUCUAAAGCUGUACUCUCAACGUAUAAGUAUGACCCGGAUAAAUUAAAUGAGUGGUUUGCGAGGUUAGUGAUAGUCAAUGAGAAGCCAUUCAGCAUGGUGGAAAGCAAGGUUUUUAUGGGAUUUUGUAAAUUUCUAUAUCCCAGAUGUGAGAAGGCCUCUCGAUAUACUGUGAAAAGAGAGUGCAUGAAGAUGUAUGCCAUUGAGAAAGCUAACUUGAAAGCUCUCCUGGAAUCCGUAUCCAGAAUAAGUUUGACAUCUGAUAUGUGGACGGCCUCAAAUCAGAGAAAGGGAUAUAUGUCAUUGACUGCACACUUCGUUGAUGCGGAUUGGAAACUACAAAAGAAGAUUUUAAACUUCCGUCAUGUUCCUCCUCCUCAUAUCGGUGUGGUACUGUCCGAUUGCAUUUACAACCGUCUUGUUGAGUGGGGCAUUGAAAAGAAAAUUUCUUCAAUUACUUUAGAUAAUGCCUCGUCCAACGAUACGUUGAUUUCUUUCUUACGUACUCAGUUCAAGGCUGCUGGAAAUUUAUUUUUCGAAGGGCUGAAAGCAAUUGAUUCGAUGAUUGCAAACAUACGAGAUAGCAUUAAAUAUAUAAGGGGGUCACCUUCAAGAAUGAGUACGUGGAAUGACAUAAUCCAACGUUUGGAUUUGAAAUCUAAACAGCAGUUGAAGUUAGAUGUCUGCACUCGCUGGAAUUCUACUUAUGAAAUGUUGGAUACGGCUUUACAAUUUAAAGUUGCAUUCCCUGAACUUGCGGCACGUGAUAAAAUGUAUGCAUAUGUGCCAAGUGAUGAAGACUGGAAGAAAGCUGAAGAUGUUCAUAGGUUUCUCAAAGUUUUUUACAACUGCACGAAGAUUUUUUCAGGAAAUAAGUAUCCCACGGCAAAUUUAUUUCUUCCUGAAAUUAUUUUCAUUAUGAAUGUGCUUAAAAAAUGUGCUGCCGAUGGUCCAGAAUUUUUAAAAGCGAUGGCUCUAGGAAUGCAGAUGAAAUUUGAUAAGUAUUGGGCUGAAUGCCACUUGUUAAUGGGCAUUGCAGUUGUCCUGGAUCCACGAUGUAAGAUGGCAAUGGUUAGAUUUGUUUUCAGAUCGCUUUAUUCCAGUUCCGAAAGAGUUUCAGCGGAGACCGCCAUUAUUAAUGCUGCAAUUGAAGAGCUGUUCGCAUCAUAUGAUGAUAAUUCGGCCGAUCCAUCAAGUGCAAUAGUUUGGGGUGGUAACACUUUUGAUGCUGAAGAGUAUGAAGAGGAGAAUGAAAUUGAAAAUGCGGGCCAGAAUGCUUGA